AGUCCACUGCCAGUACCAGCUCCCCUCCUCCACUCACAGCUCAGUCACUCACCCACUCUCUUUUCUCUCUCCUGCUGUGUGCCAGUACCUCUCUCCCUCUCCACUUCCUCAAAGUGGCCACAGCUCCUCUCUUUUCUCUUGUCCUCUUUACAUCCCUUCACCACUUUCUUUCAUCCUCCAGCUGUGAGAGCAACCCGGCUCUGCCUGUUCGUCUUCACCUCUCCAAGCUAAACAGAUCUCAAGCCGCUGCUUCCCCCUGAAGACUUUAUUUUCAUUCUUGAUCCUUUUUCUUUGUGGCUCUUUCACCCUUCCCCUCCGGAGAGGCUGGUCGGUGUGUCUGUUGUGUGUGCAGCAGCGCGUGCGAGGGCUCUGGUGUUGUGCUCUUUGCCCUGAGGGAGUCCCUAAAGGUUGUGACUAGAGGAGAAAAGUUUUUCACCAUGAUGAAUGUUCAACUGCUGCUCCUGUUGGCCCUGGCUGGCCCUUUCUGUGCCUUCACACAUGCAAGCCCCACAGAGAUCCCUUCAGACCUCGAUGUUAGUGUAGGAGUUACAGAGGCUCCAAAAGAGGACCUUACUAUUAUCACCGGUCCUCCUGCAACCGAACCAGCGGCGGUCCCUGCAGAAGUUGUAACGGUAACAGUUGCUAAUGAAGAAGUCGUAACAGAAGAAGCAACAGUGGUCACAGAGUCGGCGCCUCCUGCCGUUACAGUCAACAUUGAAGAGGCCGUCGUUGACACAGAAGCCCCCACUGUUGCUACUCAAGCACCAGAAGCCCUCAUCACUGACCCCCCUGUAGUGGAAACCGGAGCCCCCACUUCUGAGGUCGACGUCCAACCGACGGAAGCCGCCAAGGCAGAGACGGGCGAAGAGGUGGUCGUUGAAGAUGACACAGAUGAGGGCCUGAGUUCUGGCCAGGUAGUCGGCAUCGUGAUUGGCGCUCUGUUGGUAGUGGUCAUCGUCAUCGCCGUGGUGAUUGCUGCGGUGAGGAGGAUGGGAAUAUACUCCCCUUGAAGAAAAAGUCGGCCAAGCAGCAGGAGCACCCGAAGUUCUGGAAAUUCUGAACUACUGAACUGUGACGUCAUUCGCGAUCAUUAAAACAAGCACGAUACCAGAACUAAACUAAUGUAACCAGGACUCUGGACUGUUGUCAAAAAAGAGGGGGAGGGAGACUUGUGUGUGUUAAUGUAUGUACUUUAUGUAUGUGAGACAAAAACAUCCUCACCUCCCCCCGCUACCUCCUUGAUCCCCCCCCCCCUCCCCAGGAGCCGCUGAUAUAAAAUGCUCUGUCCCCCCCCUACUCCCUCGGAGAGAACAAAACGAGGUGACAUCAGGAUGUCACACAGAAUUUCAGGCCUUUUUGCAAAUGUAUUUUGUUAAGAGAAAAAAAGAGUAGGAAAGGUAGGGGGGGUAAUCUGACACUUAGGGAAACAAUCUCUCUCCUUUAAAGAGUGGCUGAUUUAGAUUUGCAUGGAAGUUUGAGAGGACAUAAAAAUGGAAAAUACUGACAAUACAAAAGAAAAUGAAAUGCACAUGGAAGGUGAGAGCAGGAGAGACUGCUAUAAAUUCCACAGGAUGUAUAUACAAUGCAAGGGGACUACAUAGUAUACAGCUAAUGACUUUCUCAUACAAUAUGUUGCAGUUGCAUAGGCUAGCGUUUGAUAUUAUGGAAGAAUACACAGUGCAUACAGCCUGAGGCGAUUGUUGUGGCUAACCCCUGAGCACCAGUUAAACACAUUAUCUCAUAUAGCCAGAAAACCCUGAUAUGUUGGCCAACUGUAUGAAGCAUCAUGUGCAGAAGUUGUUUUGACAUAACACACUCGUGAGCUCUUGGGGGCUAGCAGAAAAGAAAAGGCACCCUCAUUUAAAAGAGUAACGUGACAUUCUGCCCACUUUAACACUGACAUAUAAAAACCUAAUACAUAUCUGUGAAAUUUAGCAGAAGGGUUUGUGCCACUGUCUCUGGUAUUCUCUCUUAGGGGGAUUUUAACUUUUGAAGUGCAUUAUUAAUGUGAAUUACUUUUUAACUGCCACCCAUUCCAAAAAGAACAGCUUCUUCUGACUCGUUUCUUAUAAAGGCUUACACACAGCCAGGUUAUUAGACAUUUAGUGAUAGCAUUGUCUUGACAAUGUAUUCAUAGUACUUCUGUUAAUAGUUAGAUUACCAGAACAGCCAUCCGGUCUUUAAAUUGAGCUAACCCCAGAUUGCGUGCACAGGAUGACAUUUUAUAGUUGCACUUAUAGUUUUAGUGCACAGUGUUAGGCAGUAAUGCCCUGUUUUGUUAUUUUUGCAAGUGUGCUAAAUGGGUGUACAAAUAAUGAAGUCUCAGCUUCGCUCCGCUUGCUUUACAAACUCGUUUAAUAUGUGCACUGAAUGAGUGAUGUAAUGUUUAAUGAAUAGGCUUUUAGACACUGCAAAUGUUUGCAACGACAUGUCUUUGUUUCCUCUCCUCUGCUUUGCCACAUAUUAUCAGUUCUAGGUCUUUAAUUUGUGCCAUCUGAUUUUUUGAACCCUUUUAUUUAAUUGCAGUGUUUUUGUUCAUACUGUUUCAAUAAAAAACUGAAAACAC